AUGGACAGGAUUACAUUUUAUGUGAAUAAGGAUAAGUGUUCUGUGGGUCCCGAGGUGGACUCGGACACGUCUCUGAAUGACUACAUCCGCCACCAUCUGAACCUGCGCGGCACCAAGUACAUGUGCAAGGAGGGCGGCUGCGGCGCAUGCGUCGUCGCGGUCACCGUCAACGACCCACAUCGGAGGACCUUCUCUGUCAACUCGUGUCUAGUCUCAGUGACCUCAUGCCAAGACUGGGAGAUCACUACUAUAGAGGGGAUCGGCAAUCGAGCGCGAGGGUACCACCCCGUGCAGAGGACCCUGGCUGAGUACAACGGCACUCAGUGUGGAUACUGCAGUCCAGGGUUUGUGAUGAGCAUGUACAGUCUCCUAGAAGCAAAUGGUUACGACUUAACUCAGUAUGAAAUUGAAAACUCCUUCGGAAGCAACACCUGUAGAUGUACAGGCAGCAGACCUAUCCUAGACGCCUUCAAGAGCUUCGCCAAGGACGCUCCCAAACCUCCUCCGAAAAUUGAAGACAUUGAAGAUCUAAAAAUCUGCCCAGGAAAAGGCGAUUGUAAGGGAUGUGGGAAAGAUAAGAAUUGGUGUAUGGUCAGUCAGAGCGAUGUCGACCCUCCGCGGAUUAAGAAAAUCAAUCUGAAGGACGGUCACGUGUGGUACAGAGUGAAUGAGGUCGCCGAUAUAUUCACCGUGUUGGAUGCUGAGGGCUACGAGUCUUACAUGCUGGUGAACGGAAAUACUGGACGAGGUGCUGUUCCAGUUCUGGUCCACCCGAGAGUUUUGAUAGACAUCCAGCCAAUAAAGGAACUGAAAGGAUAUUACUUAGACCAGAACCUGGUCGUGGGCGCUGGUAUAACUCUGACAGACCUGAUGGAACUGUUCAAGGACGUCUCCAAGACUCACGAGGAGUUUCAGUAUCUGUACAAGCUCUAUGAACAUUUAGAUUUGGUCGCUCACAUUCCUGUGAGAAAUAUUGGUACUGUGGCGGGAAAUCUUAUGACUAAAUAUCGUCUAAAUGCAUUUUCUUCGGAUAUAUUUUUAUUACUGGAAACUAUUGGGGCUACUUUAGUUCUAGUGGGGAAAGGACCACUAAUGGAAGUGUCUCCAGAACAGUUUUUAUCAGUAGAUAUGACAGGACGAGUGAUAACUCAUGUAAAGAUUCCUCCGAGGUCCCAUCAGUACCAGUUUGUGUCUUUUAAGAUUAUGCCUCGUGCUCAAAACGCGCAUGCUCAAGUGAACGCAGCUUUCCUAUAUGAAUUCGAUGAGCACCAGAAGGAUGUAGUCCUCUCAGCCAGGAUUGUGAUCGGUGGACUGUCAGGCAAGUUCGUCCAUGCUACUGAAACCGAGAAGUUCCUUCACAUGAAGAAGAUAUUCACUAAUGAAGUGCUGCAGCAAGCACUGAAGAUACUGGAAGGUGAACUGAUAGUGGAGGAGAUUGCAGGCGAGAUGAAACCUGCAUACAGGAAGAAAUGUGCCCUCGGUCUGUUCUAUAAAGGUCUACUAGUACUUAUUCCGAAACAGCGCCUUAAACCUUGGUAUCGUUCAGGAGCGAGAGACUUUAGAAAGACUAGACCACUGUCUAAAGGAUCUGAAGUCUAUGAUACAAAUCCUAUAAUAUGGCCAGUCAACGAACCGAUGCCAAAGCUUGAUGCAUUAGUACAAUGUGCAGGAGAAGCGCAGUACUGCAAUGACUUACCAACACAACCUAAGGAAGUAUUUUGUGCUUUUGUGACGUCAGAUAUUGGCACAGGAGAGAUUGAGAGCAUCGACGCUACUCCAGCUCUGAAAAUACCCGGAGUAUUAGCUUUCUUCUCAGCUAAAGACAUUCCUGGCAAAAAUUCAUUCUUGUCACAAAGAGUACCUGGUCAAUUAUUACCAGAAGAGGUUUUCGCUGAAAAAACCAUUAAAUAUUACGACCAACCGAUAGGACUAAUCGUUGCAGAAACUGAAAGAUUAGCCUAUAGGGCAGCUUUAUUGGUGAAAGUUAACUAUAAACUUGAUAAAAAGAAACCUAUAUUGACGAUAAAGGAUGCUAGAGAGAGAGAACCGAGUCGAGUAACUUUAUUUGCAGUACUUCCAGCUAGAGCUCGUGGCGUAAACGUGCAAAGAAUUCUUAAAGGAACUGACGAGAUUUAUGCGCAGUAUAUGUACACAAUGGAAACUCAAACCACAGUCACCAGGCCCAGCGAAGAUGGUAUUGACGUGUACGCUAGUACGCAAUGGCUGGAUUCUUAUCAAGUCGGUCUCUCAGAAGUACUUAAUAUACCACAAAACAGGAUAAACAUAACUGUCCCUCGAUGUGGUGGUGCGUAUGGGGUAAAGAUAUCUCGUGCGAACCACAAUGGUGCUGCUUGUGCUCUGGUCACCCAUCUCAUGGACCGACCUUGCCGCUUCGUGAUGAGCAUGCAGUCUAAUUUAAGAGUUGUUGGUAAACGACUUCCUUGCACUCGAGACUUUGAAGUUGGUGUAAGCAGUUCUGGCGAGAUUCAAUAUCUGGAAUAUCAACUGUUUGGCGACAAUGGGUAUGUUGUCAGCGAUCCUGUUAGUACUGCCCAGUUCACUGGAGUCAGAAACUGUUAUGACAACAGACGUUGGCAGUUCAAGAUAUUCAACGUCACUACAGACACAGCCUCCAAUACGUUCACAAGAUCACCCGGAACUCUGGAAGCAAUAGCAAUGACAGAACAAAUAAUGGAAAGAAUAUCGUAUGCAUUAGAACGUGACCCCGCACAAGUGAGACUAAACAACAUCGAGCCGACCUAUGUCGAAGUGCAGGAGAUGGUACAGACACUACUCAGAGAUGGCGAAUACAACAAACGUAAAGAAGAAGUUGAGAAUUAUAACAAAGUGAACAGGUGGAAGAAACGUGGACUGAGAGUGGCCUUCAUGAAUUGGCCUGCUCCUACAUUAAUUGAUUAUCAUGUGCUACUCUCCGUCUACCACGGUGAUGCAACAGUAGUCAUACACCAUGGAGGCAUAGAAAUGGGACAAGGGAUCAACACUAAAGUCAUUCAAGCUGUUGCUUACACCCUCAAAAUUCCAAUUGAAAAAAUCAAAUGUAAGCCUGCAACAGCCUCUACAAAUCCUAAUAAUUUCGCUACUGGGGGUAGUAGAACCACUCAAGCUGUCUGUUUUGCCGCUAUAAAAUGCUGCCAGAUUAUUCUGGAUCGUUUAUCAGCUGUACGAGACACGUUGAAUGAUCCGACUUGGGAAAUCUUGGUUGAAGCUGCUUACAUUAGAGGAAUAAAUCUCCAGACCAGCUAUCGAGUCACUGCCAAUGAUCAAGUACCAUAUAGGGCAGGAGGAGUGGCACUCGCUGAAGUAGAACUAGACAUACUGACCGGAGAGCACGAGAUACUGAGAGUGGACAUUAUUGAAGAUGUCGGUACCAGCAUUAACCCAGAACUGGAUAUAGGACAGAUUGAAGGAGCGUUCAUGAUGGGAGUCGGCUACUGGACCCACGAGGAGCUGAUCUAUGACGAGAAGACUGGAGAGCUGCUCACAGACCGCAGUUGGUACUACAAGGUACCUCUCACCAAGGACAUACCCAUAGACUUCCGAAUACAGCUCAGGAGAAACUCUUACAACCCCAUCGGGACUCUAGGCGCUCGGGCUGUAGCGGAGCCCCCCACGUGCCUGUCUAUUUGCGUCGCUUUUGCGCUGAGAGAGGCCAUUGUGUCGUCGAGGGAAAACACAGGAUAUCCCAGAAACAAAUGGUUUAGAGUUGACGGUCCCUUCACAUUAGCUGCUAAUGUGCUGUCCGCGGGUGUGAAGCUUGAAGAGUUCUUAUUUUAUUAACUUUAUGCUUUGUGCGUCUCGAGACACGAUUACUGUAUCAAAUGCUAAUCUAAUCCGUAUAAAACGUUUGUCGAAUGUUACGUUACCCGCAGUGGACCUUACACUGUAUUUGUAGAGCCGAUAAUCGAAAUUAGCUUGAACCUCUAUUAUAAAUGUAAAAGAUUGUAAAUUUAUGUGUAUGUUUGUUACUCAAUCACGUCAAAACGGCUGAAAAGACCGGAAUAAAACAGGGGAAUAACACAAAAGCUCCUUUUAAACCGACUUCCCAAAGAGGCCGCUUUGUUUUUUUUUUUAAUCCCGGGAACGCGGGCGAAGCAGCUGAUAGAAACUAGUAUAUAAUAAUAUACAACUUGGAUGCAAACAAACGGAGCAAACAAAAACGUUUUUCCUUUUUCAUGUCUUAUUAUAAUUAUUUUGUCAAUUGGCAAUUGUAUGUCGUAUGAUAGACAACAAACCUUUUAUAUUACCUUUAAAAUGAGAGUAUUUUGUUGUAAAACUAAGAUUUUUUUAUUUAAGUUAUCGGGAAUUCUUCGAAAUAAAAAAAAAAAAACACUAGUCGCUCCGUUUCUUUGCUCCCAAAUGUACACAGUAGUUACAUAAGCUGUAUGUAUGUAUAUCAUAAGUACAUAUAACAAAGUGUUAUUAUACAAUACUUAUCACAAUUUAUAAAUAAAUUUGACCUUGAUAUUAUUUACUUGCAAUGGUAAUAUACAUAUAAUAAUAUGCAUAAUUUUUAAUAUUUGUAUAUAUAGGUAAACAUUAAAUCCGCUGACAUUUAAUAUGA